AUGGAAAUCUUUGAUUAUUUUACAGGUGAUGAAAUCUAUUUGUUAUUUUCUCAAUUAAAUAUUCGUCUUAAUCUUAUUCUCAAAUCAUUGCCGAAUGUCAUUGUUACGACACAGAAUCGUUUAGAAUCUAUUCUUACUUUUUUUAAUUCAUUCAAGGCAAUUUCUAUUCCAUAUUAUACUGAAGGAUUAGACUUUACAUAUAAAGAACCUCAAUAUGUACCCAAUGGUCAUCGUUUAUUAUACAUUUAUCCAUCUUUCGAUUACCAGCAGUUUUAUGGACGAUUCAAUAAAACUGACGAUAUAAUUCGUCCGAAUAUUUGUUCUCAAUUACGAUCUCUAUCUUUACCAAACAGUUCUGCUAAACUUCUUGAAUUAAUAUUUAAUGGUGAAUUUCCUCGAUUGGAAAUUAGUCAUCUUGGAAGAUGUGAACGAUUCGUUUUUCCAUUAUCAUCAACUAUUCAACUGUUUGGACUUUCAGCAGGAAAUCAAACAUUUUCUAAGCUUGAAAAUGCUGUAUGUUUAUUAAAGUCAAUCUUAUAA